GUAGUUAGAUAUAUAUAUAUAUCUUUGAUGAUAUGAGCCGUCUGCUAAGUGCUGAAAGGCUAAAAUGUCGCUUCUAACACAAGGAGUUUCGGCUCUUUCAAAAAUUGUUGGCCAAAGUCCUCAGCUAGCAGGAUAUGGAUUCCAACAAGUUCGCAACAAAUGGACAAAAUGGCUAACAAUGCGAGACAUGAAAAGACGAAAACUUGCGAAGGAAUAUGCACCAACUCGAUUACGUCUUGUUUCUGUAAAAAGAUGUAAAAUUUUACCACCAGAAAUAAGGGAAUUGGCUAGCAAGGAUUUCGAUUACGUACCACGACAAUCAGCUUUGAGACAAUUAACAGGUCGAUGUGUUGUGACCUCUCGACCUCGUGGAAAUGUAAUGCGAUGGAGAUUAUCCCGAAUUAUAUGGAGAAAUUUGGCUGACCACAAUCAGCUCGCUGGAGUUCAACGAGCUUUGUGGGGAUGAAUUUCUUUGAAAAAACGAGAACAAUUUAUGCGAAAGAUUAUGUUAAUUGAAGGUAGACUAUUGAAAUAUUGCGUAAAUUUGCAGCAAUAAAAAUUACUUUAUCGAGUUCUA